AUGGCGUACCAGCAGCACCAACAACAGCAGCAGCAGUCGCAGCAACACCAACACCAACAGCAGGCGCAGGCGCAGCCUGACAGCCGCAACCCCAAUCGCCUCCAGCUCAACUUCGGCUUCAACAACCCGCCCAAUUUCGCCGCCGAGCAAGGUCGUGCCUUCCCUACCACUCCGUCCACCUUCCCGCAGCCAUUCCCCAAUGCCGCCGGACAACAAGAGGUCUGGGGCACCCAGCAGGCGACCAGUGGCAUCAACAGCCAGGGCUAUUUCUACAACAACCCAAAUGCAUACCAACAGCAGUACACCAGCGGCACAUCCACUCCCAAUGCCGGCUAUCGCUCGCCGGCGGGCGGCUACAACGAUGUGACCAAUGGCCUCGCACAUCAGUUCCAGCACCAGAACCUUGGAGGAAACUCACCACGUUCGGCGAGCCCAUACGGCAGACAGCCUUCACCCGCGAAUGCACGUCCGCGCACUGCAGGAGCCACCCCGCAGAGCUACGGCAACUACUUGAACGCCCCAAUGCCGGCCAUGCCACCACCGCUCAGCAUCUACGACGAUGAGCCGCCUCCAAAGAAUCCCGAGAAGUACUCGACCGCGAUCACCGAGCGUGUCAAGGUACAGAAGAUGCUCACCCAGGAGUUCUUCAAGGAGAAUGUCGAGAGAGCACGUGCUCGAAAUGAGAGAGCAAAGGAGCUUGAUGCCAUCCUCGCCGACGAGAAUCUUUCGGCCAAUCGCAAGGAGCAAAAAAAGAACAGCACGCGCAAGGCAGAGGCCAAUUUCCUGCGGUUCUUGAGGACACACGAGAAGCCAGGAAACUACUCCACCGUCAAGAUCAUCGGAAAGGGUGCAUUCGGUGAAGUGCGUCUGGUGCAGAGGAAGCACGAUGGAAAGGUCUACGCUUUGAAGUCGUUGAUCAAGCAAGAGAUGCACAAGAAGGAUCAGCUCGCCCACGUUCGCGCCGAGCGUGACAUCCUCGCCAACGCAGACAGCCCUUGGCUGGUCAAGCUGCACACAUCCUUCCAGGAUACAACCUUCUUGUACAUGCUGAUGGAGUUUCUGCCCGGUGGUGAUCUCAUGACAAUGCUCAUCAAGUACGAGAUCUUCUCGGAGGACAUCACGCGCUUCUAUAUGGCAGAGAUCACAUUAGCCAUCGAAGCAGUGCACAAGCUUGGCUUCAUCCAUCGUGACAUUAAGCCAGACAACAUCCUCCUAGAUCGUGGCGGACACAUCAAGCUUACCGACUUCGGUCUCUCCACUGGCUUCUCCAAGGAGCAUCAAGCAUCUUACUACCAGCAGCUCAUGUCCACAAGCAAGUCCAAGUCUGCUUCCCAAAACCGCAACAGUGUGUCGAUCGACCAAAUCCAGCUCACCGUCUCCAACCGCAAUCAGAUCAACACCUGGCGCAAGUCGAGACGUCAGCUCGCCUACUCAACCGUCGGCACACCAGAUUACAUCGCUCCUGAGAUCUUCAGCGGCAAGGGCUACGACUUCGGAUGCGAUUGGUGGAGCGUGGGUACCAUCAUGUUCGAGUGCUUGGUCGGCUGGCCUCCAUUCUGCGCCGAGGAGCCACACGACACCUACCGCAAAAUCGUGGACUGGCCACGCCAUCUCAACUUCCCUCCAGAUCAACAGCUCGGACCAGAGGCAGAGCACUUCAUCCGAAGUCUCAUCUGCGACUCUCAAAAUCGCUUAGGUCGAUCCCACGGCGCUGCUGAGCUCAAGCAGCACCCUUUCUUCCAUGGUGUCAACUGGGAUGGUCUCCGCAAGAUCCGCGCACCAUUCGAGCCGAAGCUGCAGAGCAACAUUGACACUCAAUACUUCCCGAUCGACGAAAUUCCUCAGGUCGACAACUCAGCCCAGCUUCGUGCUCAGACUGAGGCCCAGAUUGGACAGGACGACUCGACACUGAGCUUGCCCUUCAUUGGCUACACUUACAAGCGCUUCGAUGCUUUCCGUGGAACCUAG